UAUUCUUCCACUACCUGCAAAAAAAAAAAAAAAAAAAAAUUGGACUUUAUGUUUUUCAAUCUCCCGAAUUUCUGAGUCAAAACCCUAAUCUCAAUCCUCCUAAUGUUCUCACUACUUUUACUUCAGUGUUUGCAUAGCUAAGAUUCCUGAACUUCCAGGAAAGUAUGGCCACUCAAAGUCUCUUCACUGCAAAUUCAAUUCACACUAAACCUUCAUCAUCCCCACACACUAAAGUUGAGAAGAAAUGGCUUGGAUUUAUUGCACUUGAUAGAAAGCCUAUGCAUCUGAGGCUUUCAAAUGGCUGUAGAGCAAGAGCAUCUCUCAAUGCCGAUUCGAAGUCAGUUGAAAUCCCUCGACAGUGGUAUAACUUGAUUGCAGACCUUCCUGUAAAACCACCUCCUCCAUUGCAUCCCAAGACUUUUGAACCGAUUAAACCUGAAGAUCUGUCUCCACUAUUUCCCGAUGAGUUGAUUAAGCAGGAGGCAAGCAACGAAAGAUUCAUAGAUAUCCCAGAUGAAGUUCGUGAUGUAUACAAGCUUUGGCGCCCAUCACCUCUCAUUAGGGCCAAGAGGUUGGAGAAGCUUCUUGACACACCCGCCAGAAUUUACUACAAGUAUGAAGGUGUCAGCCCGGCUGGAUCACACAAGCCCAACUCUGCAGUUCCACAAGUGUGGUAUAAUGCACAAGAAGGAAUCAAGAAGAUCGUGACAGAAACGGGAGCUGGCCAAUGGGGAAGUGCUUUGGCUUUUGCUUGCACCUUAUUUGACGUUGAGUGUGAGGUGUGGCAAGUGCGUGCAUCUUUUGAUCAGAAACCAUAUCGCAGAUUGAUGAUGCAAACUUGGGGUGCAAAGGUAUACCCAUCUCCAUCCACCCUGACCGAAGCAGGUAGAAAAAUCCUUCAAAUGGAUCCAUCCAGCCCUGGAAGUUUGGGAAUAGCUAUUUCUGAAGCCGUGGAGAUUGCAGCUAUGAAUGGUGAUACUAAAUACUGUCUAGGAAGUGUUCUCAACCAUGUUUUGCUUCACCAGACAGUAAUAGGAGAGGAGUGUCUAAAACAAAUGGAGGCGAUAGGUGAAGUCCCGGAUGUUAUCAUAGGAUGUACUGGUGGAGGAUCCAAUUUUGCAGGGCUCAGUUUCCCAUUCAUCAGGGAGAAGCUGAAAGGGAAAAUGAACCCUGUAAUUAGAGCAGUUGAACCUGCAGCAUGUCCUUCGUUAACUAAAGGCGUAUACGCAUAUGAUUAUGGCGAUACAGCGGGGAUGACUCCACUAAUGAAGAUGCAUACGCUUGGGCACGACUUCAUCCCUGACCCAAUUCAUGCUGGGGGAUUGCGCUAUCAUGGUAUGUCACCGUUAAUUUCACACGUCUACGAACUGGGUUACAUGGAAGCAAUUUCAAUUCCCCAGAUUGAGUGCUUUCAAGGUGCUAUAAAAUUUGCUAGAACCGAAGGAUUGAUACCAGCGCCAGAGCCAACACAUGCCAUAGCUGCCACCAUCAGGGAAGCUCAGAAAUGUCGAGAGACCGGAGAAGCCAAAGUGAUUCUCACAGCAAUGUGUGGGCAUGGACAUUUUGAUUUGCCAGCUUAUGAGAAGUAUCUGCAAGGAAAUCUGGUGGAUUUGUCAUUUGAAGAGGAGAAGAUUCAAGCAUCAUUGGCUAGUGUUCCUAAAGUAGGUGGCUGAGGCUACCAACAAGUAAAAAUCCUGCAUUGGAUGUAAUUUGGCAUGCAUCGAAUGUUGUUAACAACGAGGGAACUUCAAACUUUUUUUAUUAUUGAAAAGAGAAGGAUAAAUGUUUCCAAAAAAAAAAAAAAAAAAAAAAAAAAAGAAGGAUAACUUGUCACGUACAAUAUAUGUAUCAGAUCUCAUCAAACUGGAGGAUAUUCGAACUUCAAACUUCUUCCAGUAUUUUUCUUUUCAAGAGGUAUUUAUCAAUUUACUCCCUAAACUUGUAAGGAUUGGUCAA